AUGAGUAAAGGAGAAGAGUCGACUCACGUCGACCAGGUCGAGUGCAAGGGGGCUACAGAUAGUGAGAAGGCCUCUUCGAUGAAUGAGCAGGCUACCAUUGUUUACGAUGAAGUGGAAUCUAAGCGAAUCCUUCGCAAGGUUGAUAUGCGGCUUCUACCGUGUCUAACACUUUUGUAUCUCCUGUCUUUUCUAGACAGAGGAAACAUGGGAAACGCUCGCACUCUGGGCAUGCAGAAAGACCUGGGAUUAUCAGGCCCCCAGUGGAACAUCUGUCUCACUAUUUUUUUCUUCCCAUAUUGCGCCUUUGAGAUUCCUAGCAAUGUGGUGCUCAAGCUUUUGCCUGCAAACCUCUGGGUGUCGAUCCUCGUCGUCUGCUGGGGCACUUGCAUGACAUUAAUGUCAUUGGUCAGCAACUACAAAGGCUUGCUAGCAGCACGCUUCUUCCUCGGAUUCGCUGAGGCCGGAUUUUUCCCCGCGGCUACAUACCUUUUAACUUGCUGGUACCGACGCGCUGAGUUGCAGGGGAGAUUGUCCGUCUUCUUCUCAGCUGGGUCUAUGGCUGGGGCGUUCUCAGGGCUCCUCGCCUAUGGGAUCAACUAUAUGCAUGGUAUCGCUCACUUAGCUGGGUGGCAAUGGAUUCUCAUGCUUGAAGGGCUCGUUACUGUUCUCGUCGGAUUUGCGUGCUUUUUCUUUCUGCCCAACGGCCCUGCAACGGCAACGUUCCUAACGCCUGAUGAGAGAACGUUUCUGAUCGAGAGACUCAAGAGCGACAACGGUGGUGCAUCCGGCAAGGUUGACACCAAUGAGCCUUUUCAGUGGAAGUACAUGAAAGAUGCGUUGACAGACUGGAAGAUCUACAUUUCUGUUCUGAUCUACUGGGGAAAUGCAAUUUCUACUUACGGAUUUAUCUACACCCUACCUUCCGUCAUUACGGAACUAGGCUAUAGUGCGGCCAAUGCCCAACUACUGACCAUCCCCGUUUAUGUUUUUGCCCUGAGCGUUACUAUACUAGCGGCUUUCUUAUCCGAUCGCUACGAGUCUCGCUCUAACUUUAUCAUCUAUCCAUGCAUCGUCGCUGCAAUAGGCUAUAUCGGACUUCUAUCAUUGCCACACCCUGGAAUGCCAGGCGCAACAUACGGGAUGUUAUUUGUUGUGGCAGGCGGUCUGUAUCCCCUAAUUUGCGGAGUAAUCUCUUGGAACGCAAACAACCUCGCCGGAUCGUGGAAGCGCUCGAUCGGCAUGGCAUUGCAAAUAUCCAUCGGCGGCAUGGGAGGAGCGGUCGGAUCCAACAUCUAUCUCUCAAAGGAAGCACCCCAUUAUUGGACAGGUUAUGGGGUCUCGCUUGCGGUGAUUACCAUGGCUUUCUUUGCUGCCAUCUUCCUCCGAUGGAAACUGAACAAGAUCAACAAAGAGCGCGACGCUAUGUCCUUAGAGGAGAUUCAUAGCAAGUAUACCGAGCAGGAACUAAAGGAAAUGGGAGAUCGCAGCCCCCUUUUUAGAUAUAUUCUUUAAGGGGGAAGAACGCGUAAGGUAGCAAGAAACCCACUGAGUUACAUUUAGCAAG